AUGGAUUCUGCUGCUCUUGAUUAUAUAAUCAACCGUUUGCUUGAGGUUAAAUGGAAGCCGGGAAAGCAAGUGCAGCUCUCAGAGUCGGAGAUCAAGCAGCUUUGUUUUCAGUCUAAAGAGAUUUUCUUGCAACAGCCUAAUCUUCUUGAGCUUGAGGCACCCAUUAAGAUCUCUGGAGACAUUCAUGGUCAAUAUUCUGAUCUUCUUAGACUUUUUGAAUAUGGUGGAUUACCCCCAAAAUCUAACUAUUUAUUCUUGGGGGAUUAUGUGGAUCGGGGGAAGCAAAGCCUGGAAACAAUCUGUCUUCUACUUGCCUAUAAGAUAAAGUAUCCUGAAAACUUCUUCCUUUUGAGGGGAAACCAUGAAUGUGCAUCGGUCAAUCGUAUAUAUGGAUUUUAUGAUGAGUGCAAAAGAAGAUUUUAUGUGAGACUCUGGAAAACAUUCACAGAUUGUUUUAAUUGCCUACCUGUGGCAGCUGUUAUAGUAGUUAAAUAUUUUGCAGGAGACAUUCAUGGUCAAUAUUCUGAUCUUCUUAGACUCUUUGAAUAUGGUGGAUUACCCCCCAAAUCUAAUUACUUAUUCUUGGGGGAUUACGUGGAUCGUGGGAAGCAAAAUCUGGAAACGAUCUGUCUUCUACUUGCCUAUAAGAUAAAGUAUCCUGAAAACUUCUUCCUUUUGAGGGGAAACCAUGAAUGUGCAUCGGUCAAUCGUAUAUAUGGAUUUUAUGAUGAGUGCAAAAGAAGAUUUAAUGUGAGACUCUGGAAAACAUUCACAGAUUGUUUUAAUUGCCUACCAAUAGCAGCUCUAAUAGAUGAAAAGAUAUUGUGCAUGCAUGGGGGACUCUCUCCUGAUCUGCAUGAUUUGGAUCAAAUUAGAAAUAUGCAACGUCCAAUAGAUGUUCCAGAAACUGGUUUACUUUGUGAUAUACUAUGGUCAGAUCCCAGUAAAAAUGUCAAAGGGUGGGGAAUGAGUGAUAGGGGAGUGUCCUAUACAUUCGGUCCUGAUACAGUAACCGAGUUCCUUCAAAAGCAUGAUCUUGAUCUUAUAUGCCGUGCCCAUCAGGUCGUUGAAGAUGGUUAUGAGUUUUUUGCCAAAAGACAGCUUGUCACAAUAUUCUCAGCCCCCAAUUACUGUGGAGAAUUUGACAAUGCCGGUGCCAUGAUGAGUGUGGAUGAAACUUUAAUGUGCUCUUUUCAAAUACUGAAACCUGCAGAAAAGAAGCCAAAAUUCGGAUUUGGGAGCAUUGCUACAGCUAAACGAGGAACUCCUCAAACAAAAUCAAAGUCAUUUCUUGGUGCAAAAAUAGGAUGA